AUGCCUCCUCCUCUACCUCCCGAUCCGUACAAGGCCCUUGGUGUUUCCAAGACGGCACAGGUCCCCGAGAUCCGUACCGCCUACAGGAAGCUCGUCCUCACAUGCCAUCCUGACAAGGUGCAAGACCCUACCCUCAAGGAGAAGAAACUGGAGGAAUUCCAGAAACUUCAACAGGCCUACGAACUUCUCUCGGACGAGAAGGAGCGAACCAAGUACGAUGAUCAGGUCAAGCUUAUGGAACUCCGAAAGGAGGCGGCGAAGAUGAUGAAUACGUCGUCUCCCCGCACCCCCAAGUCGUACAACGUGAGCAUCCGGACGACGGCGGAGCCAAGAUCAUCGCCGUACGCGGCGUCUCCGCCGAGACCAACGGCUUCAUCAAAGCUCUUCUCCCAACAGUACUCAAAUUCGUCAUCGGAUGACUACAGUUUUGGAGAUAAGCCGACGAGCCGAACCACUAGGCGCGUUCCCAGCUACGAAAAGCCACCUGGCAGCGCUCGCAAAGAGAGGGAAAGGGACAGAGAUGCGGACGAGUUCAAGGAGAGAGAACGAGCUCGCAGGAGGAGAGAUAAGGAGAGGGAAGAGGACCGCGAGAGGGAGCAUGAGAGGGAGCGCGAGAGGGAGCGUGAGAGGGAGCGUGAGAGGGAGCGUGAGAGGGAGCGUGAGAAGGAGCGCGAGAAGGAGCGCGAGAAGGAGCGCGAGAAGGAGCGUGAGAAGGAGCGCGAGAAGGAUCGCAACAAGGACCGCGAGCAGGAGCGUGAUCGUGAUCGCGACAAGGACCGCGACCGGAACCUUGAGAAGGAGCAAGAACAGCGAGAUCGUGAUCGUGAUUGGGAUCGAGAACGUGAGCGAGACCGGGAUCGACGCACGACGGAGAAGGAGGCUCGAAAGGUGGACAAGCGACGCCAAGAAAAGGAGCGCAAGCACCAGUACGAGGAAAAGCGACAGCAGCGCAUGUACGUGGAGGAGUAUGACGAAGACUAUAGCCGGUCUUCGGAAAAAGAAGCCGAGUCGCAAACACCGCGGGGAGAGGGAGCCAGCGCCCAAGGUCGAAGUUGCAUCCAGGAGGAGCCUUUGCUGCACCUCUCGGGUUCGCCUCGCGUUACCUCGAUCAUCUCGGAAUCGCCCCCGUCACGGUAUCAAGCCCAGGCGGUGCAAGAGAUGGACGAAGAAGAGGAUGAAGAGGAUGAGCGACGAUUUAUGCCACCACGCAAGCCACGUGGGCCUGCUACUCGACGAGACUCGGGCCCUUCGGAAGCCAUGGGUAUCCAGUACAGCAGCCGGGGGUACGGCGGGUCCGAGAGUGGCCGGAGCAUGGGACGGGAUUCUUCCUAUAGAGAGUCCUCGGGCCGAACCAAGAUGUACCACCCGUCGAGUUCUUCCUCGGGCACCACUCGCAUGAGUUCACCACGGACGACGUUAACUGGGGCCGAUACAGCAACGGCUUCCCCCGAAGUGGACACUGGUGGCCGCUACUAA